AUUACUUCCCUAGUUGUUCCUUUUGCACUGAGCCUUGAGAUUCCCAGGGAACAACUGUUAAAAAUUUCUUUCAUUUCGCUCAUGAUCUGUGGCGGGAUAUCCUUGUAGCAAGAUCAGAAUGAGUUUGAGUGCAAGGAGAGUCACUCUGCCUGCAAUAACGCCAAUAGUCCUGCAGAAAAGGGUUAUUAAGAUAUACAGUGAAGAUGAAACUAGCCGGGCUUUGGAGGUUCCCAGUGACAUAACUGCCCGAGAUGUCUGCCAGCUCUUGAUUCUGAAGAACCAUUAUGUUGAUGACCACAGCUGGACCCUGUUUGAACACCUGCCUCAUAUAGGUGUAGAAAGAGCAAUAGAAGACCAUGAGCUGGUGGUUGAAGUGGUAUCUACCUGGGGAAUGGGAGAGGAAAAUAAGCUAUACUUUAGAAAAAAUUAUGCCAAAUAUGAAUUCUUCAAGAACCCAAUGUACUUUUUUCCAGAGCACAUGGUGUCCUUUGCAACUGAAACCAAUGGAGAAAUAUCCCCUCCACAGAUUGUGCAGAUGUUUCUAAGUUCAAGUACAUAUCCUGAAAUUCAUGGCUUCUUACAUGCAAAAGAACAGGGAAAGAAGUCCUGGAAAAAAAUUUACUUCCUUUUAAGAAGAUCUGGCUUGUAUUUUUCUACUAAAGGGACAUCAAAGGAACCACGGCACUUGCAGUUUUUCAGCGAAUUUGGCACUAGUGAUAUCUAUGUGUCAGUGGCAGGCAAAAAAAAACAUGGAGCUCCGACACCCUAUGGCUUCUGCUUUAAGCCUAACAAAGCAGGAGGGCCCCGAGACCUGAAAAUGUUCUGUGCGGAAGAAGAACAGACUAGGAUGUGCUGGGUGACUGCCCUUAGAUUGCUUAAGUAUGGCAUGCAGCUGUACCAGAAUUACAUGCACCCAUACCAAGGUAGAAGCGGAUGCAGUCCUCAGAGUAUCUCACCUAUGAGAAGCAUUUCAGAGAAUUCCCUGGUAGCCAUGGACUUCUCAGGUCAGAAAAGCAGAGUGAUAGAAAAUCCCACUGAAGCCCUUUCUGUGGCAGUUGAGGAAGGACUUGCGUGGAGGAAGAAAGGAUGCUUACGCUUAGGCAAUCACGGCAGCCCCACGGCCUCCUCACACAGCUCUGCCACCAGCCUGGCGAUUCAUCGGUCCCAGCCAUGGUUUCACCACAGAAUCUCUAGGGAUGAAGCUCAGAGACUGAUUACUCAGCAAGGGCCUGUGGAUGGAGUUUUCUUGGUACGGGAUAGCCAGAGUAACCCAAAAACUUUUGUACUGUCAAUGAGUCAUGGACAAAAAGUAAAGCACUUUCAAAUUAUACCAGUGGAGGAUGACGGUGCCCUGUUCCACACACUUGAUGAUGGCCACACCAGGUUCACGGAUCUCAUCCAGCUGGUAGAAUUCUAUCAGCUCAACAAGGGCGUUCUUCCUUGCAAGUUGAAACAUUACUGUUCUAGGAUUGCUCUUUAGCCAAAACAGCAGUGACUUAAACUAUUGAAGAAAAAUGAUUCAAGGAGGGGGAAAAAUGAAGGAAGAGAGAAAAACAAAGGAAGAGCGAAAAUAUCACAGUGACAAAAGUUAUUCACCUAAGAGUUAUGAUACAUAAGUUUGUCCAUUGCAAAUAAGCAAAGACGUGGAUUGAUAGUACGUUCAUCAUUGGAAAUGUAUUCAUUACAAUUAAACCUUAGGGGAAAAUGAUGUGGUGUGUUUUGCGUGAUUCUAAAGUAUUAUAAAUGUAUGCACACCUUAGACAUCUAUGUGCUCAUAAUCACAAAAGCACAUUACAGAUCUCAAACAGAACAUGCAAAAGAGAAAUCGAGGGCUCAGGCACUGGGUAUGGUGACACUUACCUAUCAUCCCAGUACUAGGUAGACAGAGACAAUAGGAUGCAAUUCAAGGCUAGCUUGGAUUACACAAAAGACCAAGGGCCAGGGAUGUAGUUCAGUGAUAGAGCAUGUGCCUAGAAGAGGCAUUAACAUGUACCUGGAUUCAAGUCUGUGCACCAUAAACAGGAAACAAAGAGAAAUUGAGCUUGAAGAAGGAUCUUUUACAAACCAAACCUCAUUACUUUUC